AUGGCGCCCCUCCCACCAGGAAUUGGCUGCUUGGUGUCAACUGGCUGGGUCGAAUCUGACGACUCCAACGACGACGACGCCGCCAAGAGCCUGACCGCAUACCGCAUGGGCGGCCCGCUGCACGCUGCUCGCUGCACGCUGCUCGCUGCACGCUGCGGGCUGCGGGAUCCUGCGAUGCAAGGCGUCAGCACUUUGCAGCCGCGCGGGACGAGGCCGCAUUUCGUGACUUGGCAAGUCGUCGGCCCGGUGGGCUCAGCAGCACUGCGCAGCGGGCAGCGGGCAGCGGGCAGCGGCCUUUCCGCUUACCGUUUUGGAUCCUUGAUAGUCAAGAGUAUCGAGGCGGAUCAGCGCCGACACAGUCGACAACCCCAGCUCUCAUGGCUGUGGGAAGCUUGCGUCAAUGCCGCGCGGUAUGAAGACAAGGACGGCGAGAUUUCGUGGCCGUCAUGGGCGGCAACCGCUCGCUCCUCUUUCGGCCCCAUGGACCAGUCGUUCGUCAGGACUCAGCACUAUUGA